AAACGGCCCAUGAACGCCUUCAUGGUUUGGUCCAAAAUGGAGCGCAGGAAGAUCAUGGAGCAGUCGCCUGAAGUGCACAACGCCGAGAUUUCCAAGCGGCUGGGCAAACGCUGGAAGUCUUUGGACAAAUCCGAGAAGGUUCCGUUCGUUCGCGAGGCCGAGCGGCUCCGCCUACAGCACAUGGCCGACCACCCUGACUACAAGUACCGACCCAAGAAGAAGGGCAAGACGGCCCACACUAGCGUCCGAGGAGGCGCCAAGCAGCAGCGAGCUCGGCCCGAGCCGGGAGGCCGCUUCGUGCUCAAGCGGGACUUUAGUGACUCGGAAGAUGAAGAGGAACCCGCACAGGAUUCGACCUGGCUCCUCUUCCAGAACACUACGCGCCAGCUGUCCGCCGGAACCUUCUUUCUGGACACGUCUUCUUCGUCGUCGUCGUGCUGCGGGGACGAGCGGGACCUAGAGCCGCUCAGCCCCCCCGCCUCAGAACCGGUCAACAUCAGCUUCUCUCUAGUCGACAAGGAUUUGGAUAAGGACCCGAGCGCCUUCGAGCGGGGCCACGGCUCCCACUUUGACUUCCCGGACUACUUCACGCCCGAACUCAGCCGAAUGAUAACCGGGGACUUCUCGGACCUUGUGUUCACCUUCUGA